AAAUUGCAAUAAAGUCUUAUUUAUAUCGCACACAAGUUCCAAGAAUGUCGUCUGUACUUCUAGUCACGUUAGGUUUUAUUGUUAAAUUCGUUGGUGGUGUCUUAUUACUAGUGUUUACAUUCUUUGUUGGAUUACGACUGUGGGUGGAACCGUUCAAACAGAGGUGCAAGUGUAAAAGGCAACUACAUGGAAAAGUCGCUCUAGUUACUGGUGGAAAUUCCGGGAUUGGAUUCGAGACGGCAAAGGAUUUAGCGAAAAGAGGAGCUAGAGUCGUAAUCGCCAGCCGAAACGACAAGAAAUCAGCGAAAGCCGUUGCUAUAAUUAAAGAAGCAACGGGCAACAAUGAUGUCGAAUACAGACAUCUUGAUUUAGCGAAAUUCGAUAAUAUUAGAGAAUUUGCCAAGAAUUUUAAUAAGGACUUCGAUCGGUUGGAUAUUUUAGUCAAUAACGCUGGUUGUGGAGAAAUUAAAGAGGCAAAAACAGAACACGGGAUAGAUUUUCUGAUGCAGAUAAACUACAUUGGUCCAUUUCUGCUCACCCAGUUAUUACUAGAUAAACUCGUAGUAUCGAAACCGAGUAGAAUCGUAAUGGUAUCGUCCUUCCUCCACGCUCAUGCAAGCUUGGUUCCUGAAGAGAUAACUUAUGCUAAACCAGUGAACUCAUAUAUCCGUUAUGCCAGAACUAAACUCUGCAAUAUAUUAUGGGCCAAGGAAUUGGCUAAAAGAGUCCCUAAGGGUGUGACGAACCCCCGAAGAAGGUGCCCAGACGACCAUACAUUUAUGUGUAUCCCCAAACUUAGAAAAUUCGACUGGUGGUUAUUUUCUAAACUGCAAAAAAGUUAAACCAUCUAAAAACGCGGAAGAUAGUGAUUUAGCAAGAAGAUUAUGGGAUGCAAGCAUAUCUAUCAUAAAUAAAUACUAAGUUGAGACUAUCAACAUAAAUAUAAGUGCAUCAAAUUUUAAUCUUUAAACACUGUUAAAUAGUUCUUGAUGGUCUUAGUAAUUAUUUUAAUGAUGUGAUUUUAAUGAUAAACGCAAUAAACUUAUGAAUACAUAAUACUUACCUACUUAAUAAAGUUGUUAAAUAUUUUAA